UGUUCAUUAACCUUCAAACUGAGAAAGUUUAUUGUCUUCCUGAUGGAUAUGAGAUUAACGAUCCAUCACUAGAAGAUAUUCGACAUGUUCUCAAUCCAAGUAUGAUGUGGCAGGUUCACAAGAGAGCUGGUUCUUAAUCUUGAUAAGAACAGGCAGUGGUCAAGGGCUCUGGAUGGCUCCAAUUAUCUACCUGGAAUGGUUGGUCUUAACAACAUUAAGGAGACUGACUUUGUGAACGUCACCAUACAAUCAUUAAUGAGAAUUACUCCUUUGAGAAAUUUCUUUCUUGUACCUGAAAAUUACCAGCAUAGCAAAUCUCCACUAGUUCAUCGCUUUGGAGAACUAACUCGCAAGAUUUGGCAUGCUAGGAACUUCAAGGGCCAAAUUAGUCCACAUGAGUUCCUUCAAGCAGUUAUGAAGGCCAGCGAAAAGAGGUUUCAGAUUGGUGUCCAAUCUGAUCCAGUCGAAUUUAUGUCAUGGCUCUUGAACACACUGCAUGCCAAGCUAAGAAGUUGCAAGAAGAAAAAUUGGAGCAUCAUAUAUGAUUGCUUUCAGGGAGAACUUGAAGUUGUAAAGGAUAUUCACAGGCAUCAUAUAUUGGGAGAUCAGCAGAAUGGUGAGGCAGGUUCACAGAUUGAAACAACAAUCAACGGUUUGGACACGGAAACUUCUAGGGUCCCAUUCUUGAUGCUCAGUCUUGAUCUUCCACCUCCACCUCUUUUCAAAGAUGCUAUGGAGAAAAAUAUUAUUCCACAGGUACCGCUGUUUAAUAUACUGAAGAAGUUUGAUGGCGAGGCAGUUACGGAGGUGGUGCGGCCAUCUAUUUCUCGGGUGAGGUACCGAGUCAUGCGACUUCCAAAGUAUAUGAUCUUUCACAUGCGGCGGUUUACCAAAAAUACCUUCUUUGUAGAGAAAAACCCUACACUAGUAAAUUUUCCUGUGAAGAACUUGGAGUUGAAGGAUUACAUUCCACUGCCUAAGCCAAUAGAGAAUGAGAAGCUCCGCUCAAAGUAUGAUCUCGUAGCCAACAUUGUACACGAUGGAAAACCGGGAGAAGGAUGCCACAGAGUAUUUGUGCAGCGGAAAUCGGAAGAUGCAUGGUACGAGAUGCAGGAUCUCCAUGUCACCGAGACCCUUCCACAGAUGGUAGCUCUCUCGGAAGCCUACAUGCAGAUAUAUGAGCAACACGAAUGAGGGAUGCAGACGGUGAAUGGUGAUCAUCAUGUACUUAGAUCUACGUUGCAAAGAGAUUCCAGGAGCUAGCAGUUGUAAAAUGUAAAAAAAGGUACCCACACUUCUCGAUUUUUUGCUUAAAGAGCAUUGUUUUUUCUACUAUAGAAAAUGAAAUGAAAAGAGUGUCCAGGCGAGUGA